GCGACAGGACAAACUGUAGAUUCCCCCACGUUUUCCCCCUUCUUCCCGCGCGCUGCACACCGAGCCACGAUGAGCGCUCUCGCCGCCUCCCUCACCCACCCCACAGAGCUCUUCCAGCUCAUCAACUUCCAGUUCUUCGGCGGCAAGGAGCGCCUGUUCCCUGCCCGCGCAGAGCUGGAGAACACGCCGUCCAUGCGCCGAUGCGACUACUAUCUCUGCCGCACAAGCCGCAGCUUCUCCGCCGUCAUCCGUGCCCUUGACGCGGAGCUCAGGCCAGCCAUCAGCAUCUUCUACCUUGUUCUGCGCGGCCUGGACACAGUUGAGGAUGACAUGUCCCUGGACAAGAAGCUGAAGCACAAGCUGCUGACGACGUUCCACGAGAAGCUGUACGAUCCCCAGUGGAACUUUGAUGGCAGCGGGCCCAACGAGAAGGACCGCGACCUCCUCGUCGAAUUCCACGUGGUGACACAGGAGUUUCUUGCGCUGGACAAGAAGUUCCAGGUAGUGAUUGCCGACAUCUGCAAGCGCAUGGGCCACGGUAUGGCAGAGUUUAUCGACAAGACGGUGGAGACGGUCGACGACUACAACCUGUACUGCCACUACGUCGCCGGGCUUGUUGGCAUUGGCCUGUCGAAGCUGUUCUCGGCCUCUGGGCUGGAGAGUGCGGAGGUUGGCGUGGAUGAGGAGCGGGCCAACAGCAUGGGCCUCUUCCUGCAGAAGACAAACAUCAUCCGCGACUAUCUCGAGGACUUGGAGGAGGGCCGCACGUGGUGGCCGCGCCAGGUGUGGAGCCUGUAUGGGACGAAGCUGAGCGACUUUGCGUCGCCCGACUGUGAGGCGGGCGGGCUCGCGUGCCUCAACCACCUCGUCGCCGACGCCCUGCAGCACGUGCCAGACUGUUUCGUGUACAUGUCGCGCCUGCGCACGCAGAGCGUGUUCAACUUCUGUGCCAUCCCGCAGGUGAUGGCCAUUGCUACGCUCGACCUGUGCUACAACAACAAGCAGGUGCUCAAGCGCAACGUGAAGAUCCGCAAGGGCACGGCCGUCUCGCUGAUGAUGAAGGCAACCUCCCUCGCAAACGUCAUUGACAUCUUCGUCUCCUAUUCAAAGAGCCUCCAGAGCCAGGGCGUGACGACGGACCCGACAUACGGCAAGCUUUCGAGCACGCUGGACACCAUCUUCAAGCGGGCCGAGCAAGCCAAGACCAUGGCCGCAGCCACAGACAACCUGCGUCACACCCGCACAGAGGCCCAGCAGGCGCUCGUGCUCUCGCCAUCAGUCACCAUUCCUGUUGGCAUUGCGCUCGCAGGCCUUGCAGCAUACUACUACACGCGCCACACGCAAGCGCCCAAGCCCUGAGCCAUGCCACGCCUUUCGUUUCGUUGUUAGCAUGGGAGCGAGCGUGUGUGUGUGUGUGUGUGUGGUUGUGUGUGUGUGUGUGUUUGGUUGUGAAGGGAGUGUGUGCCAUCUGCUGCCUACAAACGAUGCUGUGAUUGGGAUUGUGGUUGUGCUUGUGACUGUUCAUUUUUUGAUGCCGACCUAACAAAACAGUGAAUUAAAGCUGAUGCAUGACGGA